UAUUCCGUUUGCAUUAUAAUAUAUAAUUAUAGGUAAUAUAACAUUACGAAAACUAAUUUAGAUCGCAGAGUGCAGACAGAAUAUUAUAAUAUAUUCUUCGAUUUGGCAUUAGUUAUGACCGUUGGCAACAGUAAUGUGCCAGGCGGAUCUCGAUAACGAUUUGAGUCACGUAAAUCCACGUAGUUCAGUCCGGGUAUUAUGUUUUCGGGAGUUAUUUUUUUUUCAUACACAUAUAAAAUAUAAAUCAUCACGUAUGCGUUGUUCAAAAUCGCGUAUAUUACAUUUCCCACUCGAUUAUAAUGUCAUACCGUCGUCAGAUCGACUUAAUUAUCACGGUUUAUAAGCUUGUACAACAAAAAAAAAAAAAACCGACUGUCUUUUUCCCGAGAGAGAUUAAAUUAAUGUUGUAUACACAUUUGUCGCCGAUUGCUGUUAAAUAAAUACUGUAACAUAGUGAUAUUAAUUAGACACGAGAAUUUAUAUUAAAUCUAAACGAUAAAGUAAUAAAAAAAUUGUAUAUUCAGUAUUGAACUGUUUUUAUUUAUUUAUUAAAAAGUUAAGAAGAUAAACGAUGUAUAGCGUGUAAUAUUUUACAUUGAAAUAAACGAUAAAUCAUCGAAAUCAAACAACGAUUCUGACCUUACCUAACUAAUAAAGUUUGUAGCCUUUUGCAAUAUUCUAGUAGGUAUUGGACAUGUUUUUUUCUGUUUAUGCUGUCAGAAACCUAUUCAGAAAUCAACAAAUAUAAAACCAAUAACGGUUCGACAUUUCUUUUGUUUUUAAAGCAAUUUGGUAAUGUAUUUUACGAAGAAAAAAACACACACACACGCACACUAAUAGCUUCUGCGUUACAUUCAGUCUAACAGGUACUAUAUUAAAAUACCUAUUAGUCGAAUACUCUGUCGGAAUAAAUAAUAUUUUAAUAACUAAUUGUGUUUAUAUGUACCUAGCGAAAUCAUCGCGCAAGUAUACGUUUUGAAAAAUGUUUAAUAAUGUUUGUUAUUAAAUCGUACCUCCGUUAUAUAUUGAUAAAGUUAUCACGUAGUUGCGUACAAUACCUAUAUCGUAUUUUUCUAACAUACGUAUCUAUUGUUGUGCAUUACGAACAUUACAACACAAACAAGAGCAUUUAAUUUAUUUCAAACGUUUUGGUUUUUAGCCAAAAAUGUGAAAGGAAAAUUAACACAAAGGUAUAUUACGUAUGAAACUAUAUUAUAUUGUUUUACGAACAAAUCAUAUUAUUUCGAAAACAUUAUUCAACGAAUUUCCCAAGAGGACGUCACAGUGACAUUUUCAAAUGUUGCGAGGAAUGUAUUGCAGUUUAGGUGUUGAGACAUUUACCUUGGGCUCACACAUACUACUAACCUGUACCAAUAGAAUGAAAAUGAGGUCCAUUCUGUUUAAACCUAAUCCCUUAUAACCGAUAUCUGAUUUAUUAAAUUCACAAUAUGAUGUAAUUUUCUUGAUAAAUAGGUGAGAUUAAUACAUAAUUAUAAUAAAAAAUAGAGUAACAAGCCAUUUAUAUGGAAAACAGCAGAAUAAUAAUAAUUUACUAUAAGUUAAUGUAUCUAAUAAAAACAUAAAUGUAGUUACUGAUAAUGUCUAAUUAAAUAAUUAAAGAAAGACUGAAAGCUAUAUUCAUAGCUGAAAUUAAAAAAAUCAACUUGGACAUCAUUAGCUAAUCUAGUGGAUCUAUUUAAAGAAGUAUUUAUGAUAUAGUUAUAUCGGUGCAAGCGAUUGUGAAAACUAUAAUUAGGCUUAGUCGUUGAGGGACAUCAAAAUUUACGCAAUUCUAGACAAUCUAUGAAACCAUUUAACAAUUUAAAUAGGAAUUUCAAAUUAAAUAUGUUUCUACGGAUAACAAGGCUGUUCAUAUUUAAUGUAUUUAAUAAAGGCUUAUAUAGUGAAUGCGGUUUCCGUGGAAUACUACAUUUGUAGGAUAUAAAACGAAAGAAGCGAUUUUGUAUUGCUUUGAGACAUCGUAUAUAUGAAUAUUUGCAGAAGAGACCAGAUAAUAGAAUUGUAUUCAAUAGUGGAGCGUACUAAGGAAAAAUGUAUCGUUUUUAAUGGAAAGGGAUUUGAAAAAUCCUUACAUGCCCUAGUAAUAAAUCCAAGAGUGGAUUAUGAUUUUUUUUUUUUUGAGAUAUUUAAAUAAUGACUAUUACAAAAUUAAAGUCGUAUCAAACGUAACACCUAAAUCAAUAUUUUCAAAUACACGAUGAAGUAAAAUAUCAUUUAAAUAAUAAUUGUAGAGUACCGGAGUACGGGGCCUAGAAAAAGACAUAACUUUAUAUUUAUCAAUGUUUAACAAUGAGUUGUUUUGUUUACACCAGAUUAAUAGGGUAUUUAAGUCGUAUUGCAAGGGAACAGAAUCAGAUGAGGAUUUAAUCAAUCGAAAUAGUUUCAUUUCUUCAGCGAAUAGAAGUUUACGAGAAUUUAAAAAAUUUAAAUCAUUAAUAAACAGAAUAAAUAACAAGGGAGCUAGAUAUGAACCUUGCGGAACUCCUGAUAGAACAUCAAACGGAUUUGAGGUAAAAUUCUUAUGUAAUACAUUUGAAUUUUGUUCAGUAUACUUUUAACAAUGAAAAUACAAAGGACAUGUUUUGUGUAAAUAUUUGGCUGGCAGUCUUUAUAAUAUGAUGGUGUUGGGUAAUAUUAUAAUAAAACUCGGACAACCGUAUAGUAAUAAUGUAGGAGUAAGUAAGCAGAGAUGAUAGAAUGAGAAAGAAAAAAAAAAAUUAUCAUUACUUGUAUUAAAAAUCGUGCUACAUAAUACAAAUAUCAGUGAUAAGCAGUUGCCGAAAAUGAUAAGAACCGCUUUCGGUAACGCGACCCGAUCGUACAUUAACAUACCUCUUGCAUACGAAAUAAAAGCCUUUCUACAUAGCAAAUUGGGUUUUGUUUUUCGAUUAAAGUUCGACAUUAGCGACCGAAGCGAUCGAAUAAAGGUGGCCGAAGGCUCCUAGACAAACUAAUUUUUACAUUUAAAUGUAGUAUUUAAUUUUACAAAUUUAAAAUAAAUGGGUGUAGAAAUUACGCUUUCGGACCUUUUUUAUUUUGUUAUUACUCUGUUCGGAUUGCUGUUUUUAUUCUUAUCAUUUUCGAACAACUGCCCCUUAUUUUACAAAUAUUUGGUGACUAAAAAAAAAAAAUAAUAACAGUUUCUCUCGUUAGGAAUUCAAAUUUCUUUUGAUUUCUAACGACGAUGAAUCUAUACAUUUAUAUA